CCAAAAUGCGGCGUUUCAUUCCAUUUAAUUACAGCUGAAAUUUCGUCACUAUUGUUAAAUAAGAGUGUCAAAUAUUAAGCAAGAUGACUGAUAAAGAGGAAAAUAAAAGCGACAACUUUUUGAGUGCGAAACAGCUUUUAGAAGUUAGGGGGGUUGGCCGUGUAGCUUGGGAUGAUUGGGAACAAUCUGAAACUGCAUUGCCCACAAUUGGGGAAAAGCAUUUUGAACCAACACAUUCAUGGCUGGAAAAUAUGCAAAUUGAGAAUGGUUUAAAAAACCGUAAAAAGCUCCUAAAACUGGAAAGAGUAACUAGAAAUUCUAAAUUGGCUGUGGCUGAAUGGUUACCUGGAAUUCAAAAAGCCAAAGUUAUUAAAAAAUCUGGACAAAAAUGGGACAACUUUGGCACUUACGAAAGAAGUAAUUUUUAUCUCCUGCCUGAAGAAGCUUUAAUGUUAUUAGAAAUGAAUAAUCUAGAAGUUCUUUGGAAUGGAAUGCCAUUAUCUAUCCAACAAGCCUAUGAAGUCAUGAUCAAUGCAGAAAAUUCAAAGUGUACUCUUGACGAGUAUAGAGUAUACUCACAACUAGUCAAAUGGGGCUACAAGUUGCAAAGAUUUCAAGAUAAGUCAACAAUGGAUAACAAGUUUUCUAAUGUUCCAAAAAGAAUUAUCAUGAAUCCAGAAGGAUUGUGGACCCUAAACACAUCUCCUACAAUAGAAAAAAGAACUACAGACAAUUCCAGUACAACUUCCAAGACUGAUAAUGGAGAGAAUGAUGUGAUGCCAAUUUCAAGUACAGAUCAAUCUGAGAAUGAUAAGUCACCUAAAAAACUAGGAAUUGUUUCAGAAGAAACAGUACUGGGGAGUAUAAAAAUUAUUAAAAAUACAUCACCAACUGCAACUAAAAGUUCUAGCAAUGGAAGUGCAUCUGGAAAAUGGUCCGGUUCGCGUAUUCAGCGUAACGUAAAACUUAUGCCGAAAAGAACUGAGAAAGCAAAAAAUGCGACUGACAUAGUCUCAGAAGUAAUAGAAUCUCCUAGUUUUUCACCUCAGAAAAGGCAGUCUGAUAUGACACUGAGUCCCACAGCAAAGAAAAUCAAACCCGAAGUCAUUGAGUUAUCGGACGACGAGAUUGAAGAAAUUCCUCGUCAAAUGACACGAACGGAGAUCUUAAAUACAUUCCCUAACUUGGCUCCUUCAGUUUCGGAGGUAAUUGUGGAAGUACCUCGUCGUUAUUUACCACCGGGAGUCAAGCCAAGUCGUGAGGUCUAUUACUUCAAUCGCAAUGCUUUGAUGAAUCUUACGCAGACAGACAAUAUGUUGAGAGCAAACAUAGAAGUGUCACAAAUCAACAACGUAUCCAACGGCCAUUUCUAUUCGCAAGGGAGUAGCAGUCAGUGCCAAGCGAUCACCACAUACAACUCCAACAAUGGUUACUUGUAUAGAGGGAUGAGAUGCCAACGUGACGGCAACUCGUACAUUCAACAGAAUGUAUCUCACAAUACAAUUCAUAAUCCAUUGUCGGGUACUGUGUUGCAGAGCAACUAUUUUAAUUUAGUACUCGAAGUGAUGGGUAGCAUGGUACGAUCAUUUCGCCAGCAGCAGUAUCAACAAACGACAUUUUGUCAUCAGAAUGUGCAAAUGUUUUCACCGCGUUUUCCACAGCCACAUGCGUCACAGCGAAUGCAACCUUAUUCCAUGCAUUACGAUGCUUUGCCGAAUAGAGAUCUUUAUUACAGAAGAGGAGGUGGAGGAGGAGCUUUACCUUCCACUAGUUACCAAAGAGGCAGAGGGUAUGCACAUACGACUUCUUAUAAUUUUCAACGACCACUUCAAGAAGACAUCGUGUUCCAACCUGCAUUUACAAAACGACCAGGUGUGGAUUCGUGGACAGAUCUGAAAAAGAAGUGGCGAGAGGAAACAACCAUCACGAUUGAAGAUGAAGAACCAAUGCAAGUUAACGAGUCAGAGGACAACAGCGAAAUUCAAGUUGUCGAGACCAUCAGUCCGCUUAUCAGCUCGAAAAAUGGAAUAUCGAGUAUGGCUGAAGUUUACGAAAGAUUGAGAAUUAUAAAAUCAGCGACAGACAAAACGGUCAGGUCGAGAAAAGUCGACUAUUCUCUCUCCUACGAAGUUUUUUCCGUCAAGCAACAGUUUAAAAAGUCGGCUCCUGGUGAGCCCAUGUGCCGCUUGUACGUAAUAAAUUCGAAAAAGGAAGCACUCUUGGAUGCUAGUAAAAUACAGAGACUUCAACAGGAGUCGAAGGAUGUUCCACUGGUGGUGGCAUUUGUCUCGCAAUCUUGUAUCUCGUACGUUCAACCCGGUGUAGUUCACCUACCGUAUUUAUCCUAGAAAGUAGAAUUCUGUAUAUAUAUAAUAAUAUCGACGUAUUAUAUGGAGAACUGAAUGAACUUCAUGACUAUCAGCGCAGCCCGAAGGAGGAAUUAUUUUUGUUUGUAAUUUAUAUAUAUAUUUCUACAAAUAUUUUUAGUGAUUAUGAUUAUGUUGAUACAAAAAAAAACUA